CUCGCCAUCGGCGGUGGCGGCGGCAGCGCCUGAGCUUAACUGCGCUCGUCCCCCGUUCGUGCCCUGACUAGGUAGCCGCGGCCCUCUCGUUGUCAUUUGCCGGGCCGGAGCCACCCGGUGAGGAAGCCGAAGGGACGAGCGAGGAGGCGGAGGAGGAGACGGCGGCACCGGUGACGUCGCGGCUGGUGUUCGGUGCGGGCGGGCGCCCCCGGCUGUUUCCGGAGGAAGGAGAAACGCAGGCAGCGAGUGAGCGAGCGGCUCCAUCCCCCACCCUCAGGGAGGGAGUGCGGCAGCGGCGGCGCAGACAGGCCCGACGAGGCGGCGGCGAAGGAGGAGGAGGAGCAGCUAUCGCAACCCCCGGCCGCGGCGGCCACCACCACAAACACCCACACAGCGACACUCGCCCCUCGCGGAAUACAGAAUGGCGCUGAAACGCAUCAACAAGGAACUUAGUGACUUGGCCCGUGACCCACCAGCUCAGUGUUCUGCAGGCCCCGUUGGAGAUGACAUGUUUCAUUGGCAAGCCACAAUUAUGGGUCCUAAUGACAGUCCAUAUCAAGGCGGUGUUUUCUUCCUGACAAUUCACUUUCCUACAGACUACCCUUUCAAACCACCUAAGGUUGCAUUUACAACAAGAAUUUAUCAUCCAAAUAUUAACAGUAAUGGCAGCAUUUGUCUCGACAUUCUAAGGUCACAGUGGUCUCCUGCUUUAACUAUUUCUAAAGUUCUCUUAUCCAUUUGUUCACUGCUAUGUGACCCAAAUCCAGAUGAUCCCCUAGUGCCAGAGAUUGCACGUAUCUAUAAAACAGACAGAGACAAGUACAAUAGGUUAGCAAGAGAGUGGACAGAGAAAUACGCUAUGCUGUAGGGUAAGACUGCCUGCACUUCAUGGUACAACAGAAUAUCUCGGGAAUGGACUCAGAAGUAUGCCAUGUGAUGCUACCUUAAGUCAGAAUAACCUGCAUUAUAGCUGGAAUAAACUUUAAAUUACUGUUCCUUUUUGAUUUUCUUAUCCGGCUGCUCCCCUGUCAGACCUCAUCUUUUUUUUUUAUUUACCUCUAUCCAUUCAUGCACAUGCUCAUCUGAGAAGACUUUAGCUCUUCCAGCUUUGGACAAUAACUGCUUUUUAGAAUCUGUAAAGUAGUUAUACAAGAACAAUUGCCCAAGAUUCAGAAUUCUUUAAAUGGAGCAUGUGUGUUGUGGCCAAUGUCUUCACUGUAACUUGGUUAUGAGAUUGAAAUCAUUCCUCACUGCUCUAACAGUUCUACUGAAGAUAUCACCCAAAGGGAGGGGAGAUGGAUGUUCAGAUUGCUCACAUCACAGGAAAUAACAUUGCUGUAGCAUCAUCCAUCUUUUUUUAAAACCUUCCAGUGUUAGAGACUGAGGUUUCAUGACAUACUUGUGCUCAUAACUGGUAUGGCUGGAGAAUUGGUACAGAACCUGUAGCAUCAGCAGAACAGAACACGUGAUGUAUCUUAUGCAUGUCAAUAAAGGAAUGACCAGUUCUUGUUCUACAAAGAAUGGAAAUUGGAAGUCCAACAUCCCAUGUAUUCCAAAAUAGGGUCUCGGAACAUUUUUGUAACUCAUUUAAAUUUUGUUAGGAUGCUUGGAGCUAUUAGUUAAUCUAUCUUCCACAACAGUUUAAUAUAGCACUGAAUAAAUGAUGCAAGUUGUCAAUGGAUGAGUGAUCAACUAAUAGCUCUCCUAGUAAUUGAUUUUAUUUUCUUCAAUAAAGUUACAUAAACCAAUGA